CUUGAAUCACUGCACCAGGCACUGCACGCCUUCUUUCUUUUCUUGCUCUUUCACCUGCUCGAGAGUCCACCAUUUACGUCAUGCUCAACUCGCAGCACACAUCAAGCAUUCACCUCUCGUGGUGUCAGUCGGUGCCAAUUCGGCCGACAAAGUCGUCUGCCGAGCCGGUACUUUGCCCAACCGACCAACCGACCAUCUUGCGACCCGAUUCACCCUUGGUAACCGCAUUUUCUCGGGCUGUAUACCCGCCGAUCAAGGCAGGCUUCUCCAACCUCAGGGUUCUCGCCAACCCAAAGAUCACCGAUUGCGAUGGCAAUUCGGAGCGAGAAGGGCUGUCAAGUCAAGCCAAUUACCAAACAACACUCCACCUGCUCCUCCGCACCAAGGAUGUGGUUCCAUCACCAACCUCCAUCUUCAACAGCCGCUCCAGUGUCCUCCUGUGUCCAUCCAAAGCUCCAGGUUGCUCUGCACGACAAGAGGUUCCCGAAUUCCCGGAUAGAUAUGUUGGCGUUUUUAGCCCUGGGAACCCGGCUGGGCUGCUUGACAGCCUGUGGAGGUUACAUAGUAGAUUGGUAAGUACAUGGACCGACAGGUGCAACAUGAUGCGCGGUCAGCACAACGCCAAAGAACUCCCGUCUCAACCUGCUGGAAGCUUCGCUUCUUUGCUCGGCCGUCGUCUGCCGUCGCACCGGGUAUUUCAAGUCUUGAAAUUGGAUUGCGCUGCUAUCCAGUGUCAUUGACGAGCCGGCUGCCAAAACCCUAUAAACUCUAUACCUUUCCACCGCCUCGGCGGUCUUGGAUAAAUGGUCUGGCCUGGUCUGGUCUGUACCUAGGCAUUGUAGACGGCCCCCCGCGUGUAUUGCAUCCGGCUGCAAGGCCCAGAGAAGGCCCCGUCCCCCUUGUUGAAGAAAAGAAGAAAGGUCCAGCCUCCCAUGUCUUAGGGUCUCUAGAGUUCUGCCUCUUGGCGGUAACGUUAGUGUGCACAAUACAACAUGGUACAGUAACAAACCAUUGGGUAACGGUAGACCGCCGCACCACUGCACCAUUGC